CCCCCUAGACGCAGCUUAAUCUGGCAUCAUAAAGAAUUUAUUGGCGAGCCUGAUAUUGGGUUGUGCUCUCUGAUUGGUCCUCAGGACUUUAUCAAGGCUGGCUGGUCUUCUCUGAUUGGCUUAAUUGGUAAACACAACAUGUGUCUUUCUGUUUUGUUUUGAUGCUUGAGGUGCGCGGACAAAAGAGAAUACUCCGCGGACCUGUGAAGGGUGCAUGCAUCCAGGAAUCCAGGAAUCCAGGAGGUGGAAAUCAUUAGAUCGAGUUGAGAUGCCCCCAAAAAUGGUAUGACGCGCUUAACCAUGGCCCAUGCGACACUCGACCAGCAUUGGCAACAACUCUGUGUCAUUCGAUCGGAGCUGAAGAAUUUGAGGUCCAAUCUUCACGGUUUGAGGCAAAAACACCUUCAAGACGUUCAAAAGAUUCGAGCAUCCCUGGCCCAGUUGCAUGCUGAGUCGGCCCAGCCCGUGGCCCCAUUGGCCCCGGAUGCGGCUGACCCGCCCCCAUGGGACUGGCGGCCUAUUGGCACCAUACACUCUUGUUUCCAAAGCAAAAAUGGCACGCCUCGCCAAUCCGGACUCAGUCCCACGGCCGUGGGCACGCUCAUCCUCCAUGGACCCGAAUUGAACGGGGGCAUUCAUAACCUCCACUACGCUUUGCAAGGCUUGUCCGGCUUCUCGCACGUGUGGCUGCUUUUUGUCUUCCAUCGGAACAACGGGCCCAAACAGUUUGUCAAAACCAAGGUGUGUCCACCUCGGCUCAAAGAACGGGUCGGCCUGUUCUCCACUCGCAGCCCGCAUCGACCCAAUCCGAUUGGUUUGACCCUGGCUAAAAUCGAGGCUGUUUUCGACGAUCGGGUCGAACUCUCGGGCAUCGAUUUGAUUCAAGACACUCCCGUAUUAGAUAUCAAGCCCUACAUUCCGGACUACGACUCACCGUGGAAGGCUGAGUCCCAUGGGGACACAAAAGUGCGCACACCCAAGUGGAUUAAUAACCCCAAUGACGAUUUGAGCGUGAUUUUCAGUCCGACAGCGGCUCAGCAAUUGGCCAAUUUGGAGGGUGAUUUGGAUCUUCGGAAGUUGAAGGGUCCCGGUGAUUUGAAUCAGGCCAUUGUGGAGGUCUUACGGGCUGACCCGCGAUCAGUUUACCGGCAGGAACGGUGUCAGGAUCAAAUUUAUCACAUGACGGUGGAUCAUGGGGUCCAUGUGAGUGCCUGGUUCGAUCAAGACAAUCGAGAGGUCAUGGUGUUAAAGGUGAAGAAAACUGUAACUGAUGGUCAGUGCCAAGAAUGAAUUAUUCAUAAUUCUUCUCAUCCUCGAUUUGUGUUCAUGAAAAUCAAAAAAUCUGGCCCACUUUGUUGGCAAUUUUUACAAAAAUGAUGGCCCAUUCCGUAAGAUAAAAUUGUUCCUUUUCGGUGAGUGAAGAAGUAAGAUCCGUCCGUGUA